GCCUCCUCCUCCUCCUCCGGGCUGGGCUCCUCCGCCCGCUCCCGCAGAGCAUCCACUGAAGCGCAGGCCAGCAGCACCAGCAGCAGCAGCAGCACCUCGCUCGCCCACUCUGCUCCCGCCAAGGCUCGCCUCCGCUCCGGCCAUGACCCACUUCAACAAGGGCCCCUCCUACGGGCUUUCGGCCGAGGUCAAGAAUAAGAUUGCAUUGAAAUAUGACCCACAAGUAGAAGAGGAUCUCCGCAACUGGAUUGAAGAAGUUACUGGAAUGAGUAUUGGAGCAAACUUUCAGUUGGGCUUAAAGGAUGGCAUCAUACUGUGCGAGCUUAUCAACAAACUUCAACCAGGAUCAGUAAAGAAAAUCAAUCAGUCCAAACUUAACUGGCACCAGCUGGAGAACAUUGGAAAUUUUAUCAAAGCCAUUCAAAACUAUGGCAUGAAACCACAUGAUAUUUUUGAAGCAAAUGAUCUCUUUGAGAAUGGAAAUAUGACCCAAGUUCAGACAUCGCUGGUAGCACUAGCAGGUCUGGCAAAAACCAAAGGUUUUCACACUACUAUUGAUAUUGGUGUUAAAUAUGCAGAAAAACAAGCAAGAAGUUUUGAUGUUGGAAAACUUAAGGCUGGGCAAAGUGUGAUUGGCUUGCAGAUGGGAACCAACAAAUGUGCCAGCCAGGCAGGCAUGACAGCCUAUGGAACUCGGAGGCAUCUUUAUGAUCCAAAGAUGCAAACCGAUAAGCCAUUUGAUCAGACAACAAUUAGUCUGCAAAUGGGGACCAAUAAAGGGGCCAGCCAGGCGGGAAUGCCUGCACCAGGAACACGGCGAGACAUUUAUGACCAGAAAGUUACAUUACAACCUAUGGACAACACUACAAUUUCUCUACAAAUGGGCACCAACAAAGUAGCUUCCCAGAAGGGGAUGAGUGUGUAUGGCCUUGGACGGCAGGUAUAUGACCCGAAAUAUUGUGCUGCACCAACAGAACCAGUCAUUCAUAAUGGGAGCCAAGGAACAGGAACAAAUGGCUCAGAAAUCAGUGAUAGUGAUUAUCAGGCAGAAUAUCCCGAUGAGUACCACAGCGAAUACCAAGAUGACUAUCAGAGAGAUUACCAGAGAGAUUACCAUGGUCAGUACAGUGACCAUGGCAUUGAUUAUUAGAUUUGCCUCCUCCAAUGCUCAGUAUUAGUUUAUUAUUUUAUUCAGUAAAAAACGAAACUAGCCUUGUGGAAUUGUUACCCAUCUUCUCUACACAUUAUGCUUCAUAUACCUAAGGAAAUAUUGCCUUACAUAACAUUCCUUUUUCCUUUCUCUGCUCUUUUCCUUCUCUAGUUGCCUUUAGUGCUGUAACGGUUUCACUGUACAGCAUAACCAAUAACUGCAUAUGAAGUAAAAAGGAAUACUGUGAAAGGGGAGUUCUCUCAAGCAGCCAAGUCUUUUAAUAAUGAUAAUAAUAAACUAUGCAUUUUUUUACAAUCCUCUUCUGAAGUAGCCAUUUUAACAUACCAUACCAAACUUUUUCUUUUCUUAAGAACUUAUUUUAUUUACAGCUCCAUCCCAUGGAAGACUGUAAAAACUUUUUGUUCAUAUUGGUAAUAAUUAUGGACAGUGCCACCAAAACUGAGUUUGUGGCUUAUUGCAUAAAGAUAAUUUUUGUUGGUUAUUUCAUAAGUACUUGCUUGCUAACUUCUAAUGUCAAAGUAGACAUAAUAAAUGUGCAUUUGUGAUCGUGUGUGUUUCAUUCCAAUAUAUAAAUUGACCAAACCCAUUUUUUAAAAAGCUGUCUUACUUAAAAGGGAGCUUUCAUAAAUUCCUGAGCCCACAGAAGUCUCCAUGUUUUGAUGGUGCAUUGACUUUUAUUUUCUGUGCCAUAAUGUAUCCAUGUAGAAUUGCCUUUUCUUUGAAUUGUAUUUAUUGCCACAUUUCUCAUCAUAAACUGAUCUUGUUGUAUUUUUUAUAAAUAAAUGUUGUUUUCUUGAA